UCAACUGUUUCUUUAAAUAGUCUAACGUCGUUGUAUGACCAGAAUACCAUUUUAAGCAGGCGUUCUAGAAAAUUUCAUUAAGGCUGUUGUCUCUCCUGAGACUUGCAGAUGUCGCACCGUGCACACAGUAGAUGUUUAUUUCACAUACACUAAAAACAUGUUUUUAUAAUCUGUAUGUAACUGUGCGCGUAUGUGUGUGUGUGUGCAGUCUGACAGUACAAUCUGUUAAGGAGGAAAGCAUUACGACGACAUUCUCAGAAAAGCAAGAGAAGGAGGAGGAGGAGGACACUAAUCAGAUACCUCAGCUCACUCUGGAAGAGGUACAAGCAUGGGGAGAGUCAUUUGAGAGGUUAAUAAAAAGUGCACAAGGACGAUUGCACCUCCAACAGUUUCUUAAGUCUGAAUUUAGUGAAGAGAACCUGAUGUUCUGGCUCUCCUGUGAGGAUCUAAAGAAAGAGACCAACAAAACCACGGUAGAACAAACUGUGAAACAAAUAUAUGAGGACUACGUCUCUGUAUUGUCAACUAAAGAGGUAAGUCUGGAUUCACGUGUACGUGAAGUGAUCAACAGGAACAUGCUGGAACCCUCAUCUUGCACGUUUGAUGAGGCACAGCAGCAGAUCUACACUCUGAUGCAGCGAGACUCCUACCCUCGAUAUAUUAACUCUAGUAUGUACACAGAACUCAUACAGAGCCUUGAACAGCCCAAUGAGUCCUAACAUACUUACAGGAAAGUACACAAAACACAGGCCUAGUACACAUACUGUAUCUGAAGAUGGCACCGUUAACUCUAACUGCAGGACAGAUCAGCAUACACAUCUGCUGUUAGUACAUAUCUAAGAUUCAUCUUCUGUGACUACUUGCUGUUUUAUUUAAAUUUUAUUUUUUUUAACCAAAGCACUUUGGAUUACAUUUUACAUUUAUCAUAGUUUG